UAUUUUAUUCUUACUUUUUUCUCGUAUCUGGUUGAUAUAUUUUGUUUCUUCUACUGUUCAUGCACAGAUUAUCCUUAUCGUGUUGACUGUAUUAAAAUGCACAAUCACUUAUUAAUCUUGACACUAAUCAUGGUUGUAUGCAGUUAUUCAUGAUUUGUUUGUAAAAUUUCAAGUUUAUAUACACAUUUACAAUUUUGUUUAUCAUUAAAAUUUCACAAACAACAUUUCAUAACAGAUAAUUGACUUUUAACUACUGACUAAUUUUACCAUUCGUACUUGAUUACUUAAAACUUGAGGUAUUAUCUUUAUGAAUUCAUGUCAUCAUGUCGGAGUGUAUGUUACAAACAUAAUAAACAUUGUUUACAAAUUCUUAAACCUAGUUUUUGCCCCAAUGUUACAGUUGGCUACUAAAUCUGCUCUGUGUGACACCCUUUUGUAAAUUACUAAACAAUUUUCCUAAUAAUCACAGUUACUGUCAAUUUCAAAUACGAAUUAAUUAAUUAACACAUAGUAUUAUAUUGUAUGCAUUUUAUGUCCUGUAUUAACGCUUGAUCUUUUGCGUUAGAAAUACUGUGUAAUAUUGUGAAAUUACUUGAAGAGUCAACAAAUCUACUUUUUAUUUUAAAUUUACAUCCCAUAAAGUUUAACUGAAAUCUUUCUAUCAGGGUCUAAUGUUCGGAUACGCGACAGAUGAAACAGACGAAUGCAUGCCACUGACCGUUGUGCUGGCACACAAAUUAAACCAGAAGAUUGCGGAGUUGAGGCGCAGUGGUGAACUAUGGUGGGCAAGACCAGACUCAAAAACACAGGUCACUUGCGAAUAUCUUAUGGAUCACGGAGCCUGUGUACCUAUGAGAGUUCAUACAGUGGUCGUAUCACUGCAACACAGCGAGAAAAUUGGUUUAGACGAAUUACGUAAGGCUGUUAUGGAAAAAGUCAUCAAGGAAGUGAUUCCAGCAAGGUAUCUGGAUGAGAGAACGAUCUUCCAUGUCAAUCCUUGUGGAUUAUUUAUUAUUGGCGGACCACAGAGUGAUGCUGGUCUCACUGGCCGUAAAAUAAUAGUUGAUACCUACGGUGGUUGGGGAGCUCACGGUGGUGGCGCAUUUUCUGGUAAAGACUUCACAAAGGUCGACAGAUCUGCUGCUUAUGCCGCAAGAUGGGUUGCUAAAUCUUUGGUAAAAGCUGGACUUUGCAGACGCUGCCUCGUGCAGGUGUCUUAUGCCAUUGGAGUAGCAGAACCUCUUUCAAUCACAGUUUUUGACUACGGUACUUCUAAGCGACCCCAAAAUGAACUGUUAGAUAUAGUUAACAAAAAUUUCGACUUACGGCCGGGAAAAAUCGUUAAGGAGUUAAAUCUUCGUAAUCCUAUUUAUCAACAAACUAGUACGUAUGGACACUUUGGACGAGAUGGGUUCACCUGGGAACAGCCAAAAACUCUGACUCUCGAUUGAUGAGAGCGUAGAUUUUAAAUCAUGUUGGCGUUUAUUAAUAUAAAACGUCUACCAAAUUGCUCUCGAUAACCAUGUGUCUCGUAAACGUUUUCCGAGAUUUUCCGGUCUCCGCGUUACUUCACCAAGUCCAUCGAUUCCUUUUGCCAAUUUAGUACUAGCAAAAAGAAUAACACGCUAGACUUUUCCACUUUAUGAGAUAUUUGAUGUUACGUGAUAUAGUACAAAUUUUGUAGAACCAACGCGCAGAUGACUGCAGUCAUUUUUCCUUUGCUCUUUGAAAGCUAAAUUGAAAUUGGUCGAUCGUUAGGUACAUUGAAACUAUCUUGAGACGAAGGAAGAGUAAGUCAGGCCUGUGGUAACACUACUCUUCCGAGGCUUGUGAGCAGUGCGUAUUUAAAAUACAAACUGAUGAAAGAUCAUUAAAAUAUGUAGAAAGAAGAACGUUCCGCAUUUAAAAAAAAAAGAAUUGUAAAUUGGCAACAUCGGGCCAGCAGAUAUGUGAGACGAAACUAUUCUCUCAGAUUUUUAGCGGUAUUAGUACUUUGUUUAAACGUACGUGAAAGUUCAACCAACUCAUAACCAAUGUAAUAUUCACUAGAUUAUACUAAACCCCACCCAAUAAUUUCAACCAAUGUUUAUGGUGCUUUCAUGUACGUUUCUCAUCGUUAGAAUUAUUAAUUGUUCGAGUGCAAAUAUAAACUCAUCGUGACUAUGUACAUUAAUUUUAGCAAAGUGGGAAAGCGAAUCAAUUUGAAGUGACCAAUAAAAAACGACAUUACUCUUCA